AGCCUCCGCCGCGGUGCCCGGCGGGCGCCCGUCGCGGCGCGGCGGCUGCGGGGCGCGGGGGGCCGGUACCCGCCGCUGAGCCAGCCCCGCGGGGCGGGGGGCCAUGUCCUCGCUGGUGAAGGAGGACCUGGCGAAGAGGCUGUUCGGCCCCCGGCGGCAGAGGCUGCACGAGUUCAUCGAGGUGGAGGGCUCCGGCGCCGAGCGCUGCUACCUGUGCGCCGCAGUGACUAGAAAUGAAGAAGUAGAAAUAUGUAUGGUUAAACACUUGCGAGUGGAUCGAGAGGAGAAAUAUGAAAUAGUUGAAAAGUGGUUUUUGAAAGAUCUGGAGAUGAUUGAUGGAAAAGAAGCAGAUACUGAUAAUCCAUAUUUUGAUAUGCACUUCCACAAAGUCUACAAUCUGGAAGCAUAUAGCUGUGCAUCUAAAUAUACCUUUGCUCGAACGCUAAACAAACUGAAUGAAACGUACCUUAAGAAGGACUUGAAGAUUGUGAACUUUGACGAGACCUACCUAAAUGAUGAUUCAAUCUGGUCGUCCAACAAUAGGGAUUGCUUAGUACUUAUGAGGAUAUGCUUCUAUGCUUCCAACCUUUUAUGUCUCUCCCUGUGUCCUUUGUCCUAAAGAUGUAUUUUCUAACAUUAAGGUGACUGGUUGACUUUCACUGACCAGCAUUUCAUAAAUCAUCUGAUCAAAAAGAUAGUGAUACGCAGUAUCUGCUUUUUAAUUUUACAUAUAAGUAAAAAAUGGAACAUACUUUUUACAUAAACAAUUGACCAUUCAUUUAUAUAUAUGUGAGGGCCUCACUCUGGCAAAUACUUACAAAUAUAUGGGACUUUCAACAUAGGACUAGUAAUUCUCACGGUCACUGGUGAUUGCUUAAGUAAGUAGGGCUCAGCAUUUGCUUUUGCUUAUAUGUUCACGGACAUAUAUAAAUUAUCUUUCAUUAAUAGCUGGAAAUAUUUUUAAAGCAUUAGGAGCAUUAACAGUUAAUUUUUAUACUCUGGAAGUAGAAAAAAGAAAGCAACCAAAUGAGUUCUGUAUGAGAAUGAUGCACAUUUCCAUUUUAACACCGUUAAAGAGAUCACACCUACAUCAAUACAAGAAUCAAACCCUCAUCCUGAUGAAGCGGAGUUUUGCAUUCAGGUAGUGUGGGACCAACUUUUCACCUAUGCAGUUAUAAUUAUUUUUCCCUCAGAAUAUCUAGUACUCCCUUUGGCCUUUCCAUUAUUUGUGGUACUAUCUUAGAAACAGAAAAUGAAUGUUCUUAAGCAGAAUCGCUUUAUUUAUCAGACCUUUCAGAACUUUUUUCUUUUAUAUCAUUAACAUCUUCUUUCAUGCACUUUAUGUAUAUGAACAGGCCCAGUUAGGGAACAAAAACUGUUUGUUUAUGUCUCUUCUCUACCUCUGGACCAAGAGUUAACAAAAUACUAUGUAAACAGUAGUUGUUGACUAUUACAAUUACUUUGUAAGCAAGUGAUAUACUUUUCAAAAUUCAUAGAAUUAUGAGAAUAAUUUUCACCAAUUUCUAGCUGCGUGUUAGCGUAUUCAGUGCACUACGUAAAUGCAUAUUAGUACUUAGAGUUACAUUUAACAUGGUGUGGAGUCUACUGAGUGGUUUGGAAGAUCUCACCCUUAACAAAAAAUAACAGCUGGACUUGUGAUAGCAUUAUAUUACAGUGGAAACAGAGGAUGAAUUAAAGCUGUAUUGACCAAAAACUGAAGAGGAACAAUGUUGACAAUAAGAAGCAUAGUGAUACUGCCCAGUGUCAGUCAGCUGAGCUAGCUGGCUGCUCUUCCCAUAGUCAAUAGAGAAAGAAAUGCCAACCCAAAAGGUGAUUCAGAGAAGCUUCUGGUCAGAACGUCCUGCAGGAGAAAACUUGCUUUCCCUUUUGGCAGCCAAGAGAGUACAGGGAGACCAGCUGUGGACUGAACCAGCUACGUACCUAAAGCUGACCGAUGUAAACAGCUCCUAGGAAACACAAGCUGGUUACAGUCCUCUCUCAGUACCUGCCAUCUGUAAAAUGGGAUAGUUGUGCAAAGGUACUGUGAUUUGUGCUUCACUGUUGUCUUUCACAUGGACUCCCACCUUUGAAAACAUUUGUAUAAACGUACUUUGGAUUCAAAAUUGAAAUAACAUCAAAUAAGUGAGAAUAUAUUUGAAAAACUGUAUAAAAUGUACAGCUUUCUGCUUUACUUUUUAAAUGUUAUCCUAUUGCUUGUAUGUAAGAAAGGCCAUAUCUUUGAUUAGCUAAUCUUCAGAAGCUAUAUAUUUAUUCUAGGCAUAUGUUGUAAAUUACAUUCAUUCUAACCCAAAUCUUAAUAAUUAUGUGUAUCUUGACAGUUGUGAAGGCAGUUUUAUGUGGGUAACACAAAUCUUCUCAAAUUUGUAAGGACUUAAGUCUUAUGUUUGCCCCCUAAAUACUGGUAGAGAGAAGGACUGUAUUUAUAGUAAUUGUUAUGAAAUGCAGUUGUUCAUUUCAGAAUGUCUUUGGGAUAAUCCAGUGCAAGUACCUGUGUUGUAACAUUUGAUCCAUAGCCACAAGAAGUAUUUGCCCAACAUCCAGGUUCCACAAAUCCAUCUUCAGUAGCAAAUAUAAUUCAGACUACUGUUAUCUAUGAUACAUUGUCUUGUUUGGGCUAUGUAUUAAUUGUAGAGGUCACAAUGUUUUCUGUAAUGUUUACAAACUCUUUGCUUAAUAGGCACAAGGAAAUAUCUUCUGGGUGAAAAAGCUCCCAUCAUUCAUCUUUUAACUGUAAUAAAAACACAGAACCUCUAAUAAUAAGCACUUCAGGGCAUUCUUUUGAAAUAAAGUACAGGUAUAGUGAAUUCCUGACCAAUAAUUGUCUGUAUUGUGUUAGGAACUGAUAAGCUAAAAAUAACUAUAAUGUUCAACCAUAUUUAAUGGACUUGCAGCAGUAGUUUAUAUCUUUCUAUUCUUGUACUGUAUAAAAAUUAAACUGACUAUAUUAGAAGACAAAUAAGCCUGCAUUUUAUGUGGAAUAAUACAAAAUUAAAAUCUGUUUGGCAUUUCUUCUGUCUGGUAACAUAAUAUUUCAGACAUUCUUCACUAAGCGAUCAGACUAAACAAAAGGAAAGGAGAAAAAGGGACAUUGUCCACGUAAAUUGUUUCAGUUAUUAUCAAAAGGAAAAAUACUUCAUAAGAUCUUUGCAGACCUAAUCUAGGGACUUUUUACAUUUACACAAUCCUUUAUAAGAUGUCAAAUACCAAGAUGCUGUGUAAUUGCUAGACUGACCUGAUCGCACUAUGGAAAGUCUUUGUCCUGAGGUGUGGGAGACUGUCACUUUGCAGUUAGUAUAGCACAGCUGCACCACAGGAGACAGAAAACAGGCUAAAUUAUAAAUGCAAAAGACCUGACAGGCUAACUAGCCCAUCUUUCAAUUAAUGCAGAAUUGUUUCCUACAUCACACAUCCUGACAUUGCGUAUACAGAAUGUAGCUUGAAAUACAGUAUAUGGGGAUUUGUUUGCUUCUCCUGGAAGACUUCUCCAAAAUUGAAUAGGAAGAAAUUUACAGGAGUAAAGGAUUAUCACAAAUGCAUUUGUAGCAUUCUUGUAAAUGGUUUCAACUAAAUGAUGGAGUGAAUUAAUACUUGAGAUUGUGGAUAUAAUGUGGAUUUUCUUCAGAAGACAGGAAUUGUUAUCUGCCAUAUCUGUUCCAGAGAAAAGAAAAAAUGUGGCAGCCUGAAAAUGAAGAAGAAUGAUAAUGAGUAAACAGAACUUCAUGCUCACUUGUUUAAGAGGCAGAGAGAGAAUAGAAGCUGUCAUAAAAGACAGCUGAUGUUUUUUUCCUAAGUGUAUUUUUUUUUCAAACUCUUUAACCAAUAUCAGAAGUAAGAAUACAGGGAAACCUAUGACAAAAGAAUUUGAGAAUAUUUUUUAUGUAGCAUUUAUCAAUACCGUAUUUGUCUUAUGCUAUACUUAAAAAAUUACAUCAGUUUCCUGCAGCUCCAUGCUAUAAAAAGCAUUUAACAUCAUCACUCAGAUAAGAUAGUUCCAUAUCAACAAAAAAUACACUGAUGAAGUUCCACUGGAGUUCAUGGAUGUAAGCUAAUUUGAACCAUCUAAGACUCAUGACCUUGUAUUUAAAACAGAAGGACCCUUUUCCUGUGUGAUUAUCUUUAAUGGAUAACUAAUCUUUUCCUGCAUCUUAAAUUAAGCAAAUACACAUCAAUGCAGAAUUUUUAAAAUAAUUUUGAAAGUGAAACAAAGCAGAGAGGGAAGCCUGUUCUGGACUAUGCCUUCUGGGUUAUUUCUCAUUCUUCUUCUCCUUUGUAUUUUGGAGUCAUGCAUGUAGUAACCCACAUCUUCCCAGCAAAAGCCUAUACUGCUUCUUUCCCUGUCAUCUACCUAUUCCCCAAUACUUUCAGCAUAUAAGUCUAUCUUCUUCCAGUAAAAGAGGGGAUUGUAUUACAUAAUUUGUAAUAUGUAAUUUACAAAUAUUUUGUCACGAGUUAAAGUCAGCAUUGGAAGAUCAAAGCCCCUUUCUAAAGAGCAUCUGUGAGAAGCUGAAAUAGGAGGGGACAGAAUGGCACUGUGCAUCCUGUAGGAUGAUCUCAUGGCAGUUUUAACACAUGUAACCACAUUUUAGCAUUGACAAACUACGUUUUGGUUUGUUGGGGGGGGGGGGUGCCCUUUAGCAGAAUUAACAGCUAAAGACAGGAAACUAGAAGGUUCUUGACUAAUAACAACAGCAGCUUUAUGAAACCUUGUCCAAUCUUUUAUGGCUGCCUUGUCCUGUCUUUAUAGAUCUAGCCAGAGACAGUUACAUUUUGUGGCUGAAUUGAGAAAUUACCAAACUGUAACGUCUCUUUUAACCUUGGCCCUCAUGAAUGAUAUAUUAUAGAAGUAUACAGCAUGUUGUUUUGUAAGUCAGAAAAUAGAAGUACAUUCAGCAAGACUCUAUUGGUCAGUAAUGUUUAAUGCUUUCAGUCAAGUGGAAAAGUGAUACAGGAAUGAUUAAAUCAGUUUUACAUGUUAAAAGUCCAUGUUUUGGCUAUUUAUAACAAUAACUUGGAAAAGAUGUUUUCUAUUGUUCUUAAUUGGUCAUGGCCUGGCUAAUAAAUAUUAUCAACCAUA